CCGUCAAAAUCAGCUGUUGGGGCUGACAUUGACAUGGCAACUGGCAUCCAAACAUGACAAUUAAUAUAGAGAGGCUGCAGUAGUACCUAAUUUAAUUCGUGCGAAAUAAAUAUGUUGUUUUACCAAUCCGCCCCUUGAGAGAUCACUCCCAUUAAAACACCCCCCGUUAAAGAAAUCUCCCUUAAAGAAAACAGUGAAAAGUGUUUGUUUCCUUCUAGGAUGUAACUGCGGGGGUACUACCUACCAAUCUAUACGAUGGCGGACUCGGGGCCUCUUAAAAACGGUUCCAGCCGCGUUCAGAACCACAAUUCCAAGACGGUGACGGGGCCCAGGGUGGUGGUGAUCAAGAAAACCGAAACCGGGUUCGGGUUCAAUGUCAGAGGCCAAGUGAGCGAGGGGGGCCAACUGAGGAGCAUCAACGGGGAACUGUACGCCCCCCUGCAGCAUGUGAGCGCGGUGCUGGACCAGGGGGCCGCGGAACAAGCGGGGAUCAGAAAGGGCGAUCGGAUAUUGGAGGUGAAUGGGGUCAAUGUGGAGGGAGCGAACCAUAAACAGGUGGUAGACUUAAUAAAAUCGGGAGGGGACGUCCUGAGACUGACCGUGAUCUCGGUGACGCAACAGGAAGCGGAACGCCUGGAACCGUUGGACGACAGCCAGAUCUACUACGACUACAGCGAGAAACGCUCGUUGCCGAUCAGCAUCCCGGACCAUCAUUACAGCGAGCGGGGGGGCGAGCGGUACGUCGCCUUCAACAUUUACAUGGCCGGACGGCACAUCUGUUCGAGGCGGUACCGGGAGUUCGCCAAACUCCACGGCGACCUGAAACAGGAAUUCGUCGGCUACAAUUUUCCGAAGUUGCCGAGCAAAUGGCCGUUCGCGUUGAGCGAGCAACAGGUCGACGCGAGGCGGCGCGGCCUGGAGCAGUACUUGGAACGGGUUUGCGCGGUACGCGUGAUCGCCGAAUCGGACAUAAUGCAGGAGUUCCUCACCGAUCCGGACGACGACAGUAACACGAUCCCGGUGGACCUAAAAGUGCUGCUGCCCGAUCGCGAGUUCGUCACGGUGACGAUGAAAAAAAGCGCGAACGCGGACGAGGUCUACGGCGCGGUCGUCAAAAAGAUCAACAUGAGCAAACAGACGGCCCGGUACUUUUACCUCUUCGAAAUAGUCGAGUACAAUUUCGAGCGUAAACUGUUACCGAGCGAGUACCCGCACAACCUGUACAUCCAGAACUACAGCACCGCGACCAGUACCUGUCUCAGCGUGCGCAAGUGGCUCUUCUCCCUACAGAAGGAGAUCGAUCUGAUCGAGUCCGAUCCCCGGGCGGCCUCUUUCAUCUUUUGGCAGGCCGUAGACGAGGUGAACCGCGGUCACGUCCAGGCGGGCGAACGACUCUACCAACUGAAGGCCCUGCAGGACAACACGCGGGCCCGCGAGUACUUGAAAUUGGCGCGGGAACUGCCCGGGUACGGGGAAAUCGUGUUUCCGCAUUGCGCGUGCGAUUCCCGCAAGGACGGCCACGUGGUACUCGCGAUCGGUACCAAGGGGGUGAAACUGCAGGCGUGCCGCGACGACGGCAAAUUGGAGGGUCAAGUGGUGGUGCUGGAGUGGGACGCGAUCAGACAGUGGGAAGUGGACGAGGAGGGAAUGGCCUUCUGUCUGAAAUACAACAGACAACAACAGGAGAACAACAACAAGUCGGGCCAGAGGUGGUUGAAGAUCUUCACCCCGUACCAUCACUUUUUGUUGGAUUGUUUCGAGCGACUGGUGGAGGAAAGUAAGUGGAUCGAUUGCGGGGAUUGAAGGGGGAGGAAAACAUGCUUAGUUCAUCAAUGAAAUGUCAAUAGUAAUUUAAGCGGCCCUAUACGGGGCGGAGCCCUAAUUUAAUCUCUCUCUUUGUCAUCCCUAUUAUGCAUUUCUCGUUCUCUCUUUAUAGUAGGCAAUUAUAUAGAUACGUCAUAUAGGUUGUAGUAAGUGAAAAAAGUUAGAUCUGUUGUCUGUUUUCUAGUCUAAAUUGUUUGUAAAAAAGAAGUCGCCUAAAUUGUUUUUAUUUGAACGUUUUACGAUAGAUUUAAGGUCAAUAUCAGUAUAAUACUCAAAUAGUAAAAACUGUGCGGCGUCAGGGUUGUUUUUUAUAUUUUCCCUUAUUAGAGAAAAAUAAAUAAAAGGUAUGAAGAGUAACCCUGCGCGUGUAGCGUCGUGUGGAUCACAUUUAGUAGUAAGUAGGCUACCUAAUUUAAAUCGUUUAAUAGUAUAUAAUGUUAGAAAAUCAAAAAUAUUAAAGUAUUAGUUAAGCGAU